AUGGCGGCGAAAGCGAAAGCGUCGGAGAAGAAGAAUAAAGUGAUGAAAGCGUCGGAGAAUGAAUCACAGCAUUCUCCGACACUCGGUGUCCGACACUCUGUGGGCGUCGGCGGCGCCGGCGCGUCGUCCGACGACGACGACGCGACGACGAGCGUCACCGGAAACGCGCUGUGGCCCGCCACCGUCGUCGAGUCGCUCGCGUCGGAAAACUUUCAACUCGGAGAAAAGUCAGGCGCGUUCUUCUAUCUCUCACACUGGUCCCCAUACGACCGCGUCGGCGUGGUGAACGCCGAUCCUUAA